CCAUUCAUAGAGAGAGUAAAGAGAAGAAGCGGCCAAAUCUCAUCCAUUUCUGUAAAACAAGAUCAAACGAUAAGGAAACUAAGCCGAUUUCGUAUUCAGAAAGCUAAUGAUUAUUCCCUUUGGAUCAAGAAAAGCGAUCAAAAUCAGGCUAUGAUCAUCAACCUUUAGAAAUUUACUCUAAUCUGAAAUUUCAGGGAAUUGGUAAAAAAUGGAACUGCAAUAUGUAAAUAACAGUUUUCCUUAUAACUCAGCUGGAAGCUUUGUAAAUUUCUUUGAAGGUCUUGCUUAUGAGCAUGUGAAUUUCAUUUUUGCAGAUGCCAUUUACAGUCAGGAGAGUAUGUACUCCAACGUUCAAGCAAGUCCGUACAAAUUUGGCUUAUCUGAUCCGAAUUCAUAUUAUGAUUACAACAACACUCAUAUGGUCAAUGACCACUCUUCUGCAAUCCUCCAUGAUUACAGUAGGCACUUUGAGAAUCCUCGAACAAUCAGUAGUCAACACACAGCUCCACAGUGGAAUGGGAAUAAUGCUAGUGCAGAUACAAACAACAACAAUAUAGAUUGUGUCUUUUCAGGUCCUCGUGUUUAUCUUAAUGCGAACAACAAUCAGGUCAUUUGGCAAGAUGAUGUUGACCCCGACAAUAUGACUUAUGAGGAACUUCUGGAACUAGGUGAGACAGUUGGGACUCAGAACCGGGGUCUUACUCCAGAUCAGAUUUCCUUACUUCCUGUCAAAAAGUUCAAGGGCCGUGGAUUCUUCUUCAGAAAGAAAUCAAAAACAGAGAGAUGCGUAAUAUGUCAGAUGGAAUACAAAAGAGGUAACCGACAAAUGAUCCUUCCAUGCAAACACGCCUACCAUGUUGAUUGUGGAACUAAAUGGCUUAGCAUCAAUAAGGCUUGUCCCAUUUGCUAUACUGAGGUCUCUAUAGAAAACAACAAAACAAAGCACUAGAAAACCAAAAAUUCACAAUAGGUAGGUUAUUCUUUUCUCACUCAGAUGCAUCGGUUUCAUUUUCUGAAACCCAUAGGUCGAUAUAUCCCAUAAUUUGCUGUUUGGUUGGUUGGUUGCUUUAGCUUUUACACAUUUUGUGGCGGGUGAAUUGACAUUUGUUUGAAGUGGUUAUUUUCUCCAAUUCUUUAGGCAAUUGUUUAUCUUAAUC